ACCAGUUUGUGGGGCGUCCUGGUUAGCCGUUCACCUGUCUGCUUCGGCCGUGAGGCUGUCAAUCAGGGUGACGUCACGGCCGAUCGGGUUAGCCAGGUGCGCGUUUGCGGGGAGAAGAGGAAGCGCCAUGCACGGAGCGGAAGCCGGCAGGGCUUUGAUUAAAGUCAGCCACUGCGGGAAAUGCAUCUACAGCUUCGGCGUGCCCCGCCGCUGCCCCCUGUGCCUGCAGGACGUGGGCUCGCGGAAGCUGGAGGAAGCCCCCGUCCGCGUCUCUAACCCGUUUACCGACGGGCACCGGGAGAAGUGCUCGUUCCUGCUCAGGCCGACGCGGGGCUCGUUUCUUAGGGAGUACGACGGCAGGUCUGAUCUGCACGUGGGGGUGACCAACACCAACGGUGUUGUGUACAAUUACAGUCUGCAUGGCGUCCAGCGGGACGAAGCCGGGUGGGAGCAGAGUCUGGCCGUCCCCUUACUGCAGCCCAACAUGUUUGGGCUGAUGGACCAGUGGGACAAGUACCUGGAGGACUUCUCCACCUCGGGGGCCUGGCUGCCGCACAGGUAUGACGAGGAGCAGCACAACUGCUACAGCUACGCCCUCACCUUCAUCAACUGCGUCCUGGCCACGGAGGGCAGACAGCCGCUGGACAAGAGCGGGUUCACGGAGAAGUACGUGCUCCCCAGGACGAGGCUGGCUUCCAAGUACAUCGCACUCCACCGGGCCAUAGCAGAGCGCGGCUUCUGCGUGGUCGACUGUCCUGACCGAGGCGCCAGCCCGCCUGCAGGAGAUGCUGAGCACUGGGUGCACGGGCAGGGGGCCACCAGCUCUGCUCAGGAGCAUGGAUCUCUACAUGCAUUUAACUGUGAUGAGUAAAGAGCCUGGUUUUGGGGGUGUAGCGGGUAAGGCCACUGUCAGCGACGCUGGCAUCCGUAUGGGCAGCCAGUUCGUGUCCUGGCUGCUCCACUUCCAAUCCAGCUCUCUGCUGAUGGCCUGGGAAAAGCAUCCAAAGAUGGCCCAAGUGCUUGGACCCCUGCACCCGUGUAGGAGACCCAGAGGGAGCACUUGGUCUCAGUCUGGCCCAGCCCACUGGGGAGUGACCCAGAAGAUGGAAGCUCUCUGUCUCUCCCUCUUUCUCUGUAACUGACUUUCAA